CUUAUGCUCUGGGAUAGCGCAUUAGCCCCCCCUGGGAUUCUACGYCGCGGUACUUGAGCUACCGGGAUGCGGGAGCUGUUUUGGGGGGUCAGCACCUGUCUAAAACCAUUGCUGCUUUAGCAGCCUGUGUGGUGUUGGAGAGACCUCAUGGUGAGCGGCGAGAGUUGAUAUUUGCUCCAAUAACGGCCCCAAAUUCCUUGUGUUUCCCGUGCCCUGCAGGGGUGUGCGCUGCUGGUUUCCCUGGUUUCCCAGUGAUCUCUUUUGUUACGUGGGUUGUAGGAGCAAUCCUUAAUGCCUCACCUGAGUGCUGGAGCGGGACCMUCAUUGCAUAGCACACACGGAAAUGCCGCACAUGGGAUUCCCCUGGUGUAGUUUCUUUCCACCUGGGAGUUUGUGCUGGAUAGAACUCAGCCUUUCACCCAGGACUUCCACCAACAUAGAAUUUUGGCUUAAAUUUAAUGGAUAUAAAUUUAAAUACUGCUUUGUUGUUACUGCUCAAUAUCACAACCUAUUGGCAGAAUACUGUUAGUGGUUUUGAUACAAUGGAAUUCCUAAAUUUAGUGGCAGGACUCGGGUAGAAUUUGCUCCUUGCAGGCCUUGAUAAUCAACAGUUUUUAAAAAAAAAACUUGUUAAAAUUUUUGAUACAUAUGGCUUCAAAAGGGAUUACUUUAUGGAUAAUUACCUUGAUAGUGGUCCUUGUAUUUGUAAUGGGASCGAGGUUUUUUUUUUCCUGGUUCUUUCAGGUAUUAUCAACUCUGAAAAAUAUGUACAUACUGUUUUUAACACUCUCUGUUUCUCAAAACAAGCUGCAGUGUAACCAGAUGUGAAUAAGGAAGUUUUUAUUCUAUGCAACUUUGUACGCAAGCAUUCUUUUUCCUUAUGGAAGCUGAGGCAAGAUUUGUAUUUCUUAAAAAGCACAUGCAAAGAUGGUUUUGUCAGCAUGUAAAGGAGAGUUGGGGCUUUAAUAUAGUUUUGAUAGUUAUCUAUGUGAAGAUACUGUUCUAAAGAAGAAAUUGUGCAAGUUUUGGAGAGUCUGAGGCUUUCUGUGAAGGUAUCAUUGAGGGAGUGACUCAGGCAUCCUAAAGCCACCUCAGAUAUUGCAGACAUUUCUCCAUGUUAAUGGUGGUUAUUUUGGGAGGUCAGUCUGGCAGUGCUUGGGUCCUCUUCUGUUUCUGCAGCUCUCAGUUUGUGUGAAGACAAAGAUGGGGCAAAACAUUCAAAACUCCAAUGAGUUAUAUUGAACUUCUUGUAAAGGAAGUUUUUUUUCCUCUGCCCUCAGGAAGCAAUACCCCUGAAGUCAGUUGAGAAGAACUGGUUCUGAAAGGUUUGAUGUAUUUUACAGGAAUGAAUUCCAAUAGAGAUUUUCAGAGCUUGUUUUAUUUGAAGGGCCAUUUAUGACUCUUACAAGUUGUUGGUAAAUGUCCUGUUACACUGAACCAGAAUUUAAUUUUGCUUUUGGAUCUAAACAAACAGAAUUGCCAUUAUGUGUUAGCACUGAGGUACACCUUUUGUCGGUGGCUGGAUACAGAGAACAAAUAUGAGAUUUCCUCACUUCCAGAACAGUUUGUACAUCCUGAGCAACACGCACCAUAGCAUGUGUAGGCAAUAAUUUCCUGCCCUGCAAUUCCCUUUUAACUGAACUUCAUGUCCUGGGGCUAACCUUUGUAUUUUUUAAUGUUUUUUAUUACAUACAGGUGCUCUUGCUCUCCUGUUUGAUUCUGCUUUGGGAGCUGCCCCUCUGCAGACAGUAAGAGCAGUAAAAGCCUGAGUUAUUAUUCAGUGUAAUUUGUGUACUCCAGACACAAACCUGCAGCCAGUGCUGCCAGAACCUUUGUGCCCCAAGCACUGGGGAUCUCGAGGGGCAGUGGGCACUGCUGCAGUUUGGGCUGGAGCCCUUGUUUGGGCAGCCUGAGCAGAGGAGUACAGGUAGGACUGAGGCUUCAGGGAGCACAUUGCCUGGGAGCACACAGCUGGCAARUCUCAGAUCUUUGUUACUGGAGUGCAGCCCUGGUUCCUGCAGCUCGCCUGGCAGCACAGAAAUAGCCACUGARAGCUGGAGGGGAAAAGGGUUAAAGGGCUUCCCUUUCACCUUACRCAAAUACACGAGGAAUACUUGGAAAAGAAAGGGAUGUCAGGAAUAUUUGUUAGGAGGAGGGGCAGCUGUUUGUUUUUUUGUCCUCCCCCAGAGUACAACCUAUUUAAAUAUUUACUUGCUCUCUUGUAAAAAGACUUUUUUUUUCCCUUUCUCAUUCUGUUCUGGUUAUUAAAUUAUGAAUGGGGAAGAUGGAGAGAUUUGUAAUUGCUAAUUCUUUCAUUUGAAGUGAAGUUGAAAAAGAAUUUCAAUUAUUUACUCACAGAAAUAUGAUGGUAGCAUCUUCUAUCAGAUUUAAGGGGUUUCACCAAGGCUUGUGCUUUUUCUUUUAAUAUUAYUGCUGCUUUUGUGCGCUUUAUAUAUUUUACAAUCUUAGUAGGCUAUCUGAACAUACAGUAAAAGUAGAAAAUGUCAGAUAAAGCAACCCUGAAGAGAAAUUGGUGGAAGACCAAUAUUAAAUAUCAUUGCAGAACAUUAAUAAUGUAGAUAAUAAAACACUUGUAGAUGCAAAAAUUAUAUAUUUAUUAUUCAUAAACAGCUCUGAGUGGCCACUACUGCCCUUCAUUGAUUCAUACAUGCCUGUUCCAGCCUUGGUCACAUCUUGGGGAUCUGUUCUCCUACAAGGUCACUGCAUCUAGAUCUGUAUAACUACUCGCAGCAUCUAUUUGUAAGCUUUAGAGAAUCAUCAGUAUUUAAUGACAUGAAACAUGUCAGGUUACAGAGUUCUUGCAAGGGUGGGAAAAGUAAAAACAGCUCCUAAGGCUCCAGGGGAAACGCUUCAGCACAUGAUUAUAUUACACUUAGGAAGUAAUCUUUUGAAGUCAACAGAUUAUGGGUGGCACGAAACAUGUCAAUACUCUCUGUUGGGUUGAUGCCUUCGUGCCUUAAAGAUAUUUCAUCUCAAUGCAAAAUGAGUUUCACAAGGAACAUGGUUUGCACACAGUACAAACUUUCAAUACACAGUCUGAAAUAAUUUAGCAUGAGAAAGAAUAAUGUGGUAGUAGACAGUGGGUGUUUCAUGUCUUUGAGUACUUUUAAUUUGUCAGACAUGCAAGUGAUGUACAGCUGCUGUUUGGUUUUAAGGAAUAGUGUCCAUGUACCCAAGGAAGCCUUCAGAGAGUGAUGAUUGCCCCAUUUUAGUUGAGGUGACUGGCAGAACUCUGACAGACUUUGGCGGGGUUGGUACUUUGUUCUCCAAAGUUUGCACCUAUAAUUGUUGUUGUAUAUUCUUUUCUAUAAUUACCCAUCUCAUCAUCUGGCCAGAGAUGAUGGCAAAAGUUGCCAAUAAAAAUUGAGCAGAAAAUGUCUCAGGUGUAGGGAAGCCUCUCAGUGUGUGCCUGGUUUGUAGUGGCUGCACAGGUUGGGGCGUGAGUGAUAUCUCUGUCACGUUUCAGUGUCCAGAACUCUGUGSUCUGGACGGGAGCCCCAGUUUAACGUUGAAAUUACCCUGGCAACUACAAAUCCCAGGGAGCAUUGCCGAGAGCAGGUUUGUGCGAGCGGGUUGGCAUUUGCGGGGACCAAUGGCAGCGGAGAACUCCACGGAGCUAUGCGUGUCGGCUGCCGGCGUUCAAAAGCGCCGGACCGAGCUCUACAGCGGAGUGGGAUCUGCUGUUAUCCUGGGCUUCUUCAAACUCGUGUGAGGCUCUGAAUUGACGCUGAMUUCCACAGCUUCCGUGGCGGCUGGAAAAAGCCCGCUGGACUAGAGCCGAUGGAUGCGAUCCUGAGCUGCAGCCCGGAGGACCUGGAGGAUUACUACAACUUGCUGGGAUGCGAUGAGCUAUCGACGGUUGAACAAAUUCUUGCAGAAUAUAAGAUUAAAGCCCUUGAAUGUCAUCCUGACAAGCAUCCCGGAAACCCCAAAGCAGUGGAGAAUUUCCAGAAGCUGCAGCAAGCCAAGGAGACGCUCACUAACRAAGAGAGCCGUGCGCGUUAUGAUUACUGGCGCCGAAGCAAAGUCACCAUCCCGUUCCAGCAGUGGGAGGCCCUGAGCAGCUCUGUGAAAACGUCAAUGCACUGGGCUGUCCAAAGUAAGAAGGACCAAAUGCUGGAAGCUCCCGACUUUGGUAACACCAACARCAUAACUAAUGAGAUGUGGACCCAACAGACUGAAAACAAUGAAGAUGGAUUGUUGGAAGGGAGCAGGGAGCCAGAAGAUGUUGCAAUUCCUGAUGUGAAACCMGAGUCUUCAAAGAAUUCCUACUCCCCAAUUUCCAGAUAUUUGAAUGGGAAAARCAUCAAACUCACCAAGUGCCUACUUCAUUUAUCCAGUGACAUAUAUUUACAUUAAUAAAUAUCAGUAUUAUAAUACAUUUGACAAGGUCUGUAUGUAUUCCAGUGUUCAUGGUUAAUAUUAGGAUGUUGAUAAUGCUUUUGUUUUGGUCCAGCAAACAUUAUUAUAUUGGGUUCCACCUUGAAACCAUGGUAUUAUCUGUUCCUGUCUGCUGGCCUGGGCAAAUUCUGAACUACCAGCCUUCGUAGUUAUUGCAGCCCAAAUAAGAGAUUUGAUCACUAAUUCUGCUCAUUGGAUUCUGUUUCCUGAAAAAGGAAGGUCAUGUUUCAGUAUUAUAAGGCCUCAAAUCAUGUACAUGCAGUCCAUCACCACCAUCUCCUCUUCUUUAGAUUAAGCCAGUACAAUUUGUUCCGUUUUGAUUUGAGUCCUCUUUAGGGACUGCCAUAGCCCUUGCUGUUCUCCUUUGGACUCUUCCCAGCACAUCUCUGUCCUGAAGGUUGGUGUUGAGCUCUUGUUCCAAUGUGCCAAGAAUACAGACUGUUUGUAUUUGUCAGUGYUGGUCAAGAGCACUGGAAGUGACCAAUUUUUGCUUACCUUUUUGGGAASACUAGCAAGAAUUAUUUCAGAAAAUAUAAUUUUAUACAUGUUUACAAUAAUUUAGUUGUCUUUCUCUCUUUUUU